CAGAGCAUCCAGACUGUUUUACCAAAGUUGGUACUCCCCCUGUGGAUGGAGGAGACAAGAGACGAGUGACAUCAUACAGGAGAAGGGAUAAAGUGCUGUUUCUGCAGCUGUGGGAUGAGAAAAAACUUCUGAGGCGUAUAAAGGAUCUGCUGCCCUGUCCAGCAAAGACACUGCUGACAGGAUCUUUAUUCCUACAGCUCAGCCUUCAGCUCCCUUUACCAAGCUAGGGAAAAAAGAAAAAUAAUCCAGUAAUAAUAGGUGUCAGAAAACUGGUGUACAAUGCCACAGAACGUCGUUCUCCCAGGACCUGCUCCUUGGGGAUUCAGGCUGAGUGGAGGGAUAGAUUUUAACCAGCCUUUGAUUAUAACCAGGAUUACUCCAGGAAGCAAGGCUUCAGCAGCCAAUUUAAGUCCUGGUGAUGUCAUUCUAGCUAUUGAUGGCUAUGGUACAGAGAACAUGACUCAUAAUGAUGCACAGGAGAGAAUUAAAGCAGCAUCACAUCAACUUUGUCUCAAAAUUGAGAGGGCGGAAAGUAGAUUAUGGUCUCCACAAGUUUCAGAAGAUGGCAAGGCUCAUCCCUUUAAAAUAAAUUUGGAAGCUGAUCCACAGGAUACGAACUACUUUGAACACAAGCAUAAUAUUCGUCCCAAGCCUUUCAUAGUCUCAGGACGAAGCAGUGGAGGCAGUACUCCUUCCGGUAUUGAUGGUGGCAGUGGACGUAGUACCCCCUCUUCUGUUAGCACUAUCUGCCCUACUGACUUGAAAGCUGCAGCUAAGAUGGCCCCUAACAUUCCCUUGGAAAUGGAACUUCCUGGUGUCAAGAUUGUACAUGCUCAGUUUAAUACACCUCUGCAGAUGUACUCAGAUGACAAUAUAAUGGAAACACUGCAGGGCCAAGUUUCUACAGCUCUGGGGGAAAAUCCCUCAAUGAGUGAACCAGUACCAACCUCUGUACCUCAAUCUGAUGUGUACAGGAUGCUGCAUGACAAUCCGGAAGGGCCCAGUCAACCACGUCAAUCUGGCUCAUUUAAGGUGCUCCAGGAUUUAGUCUCCGAGGAUUCUGAUGGACGUCCCGUUGGUACUAGGAGCGUGAGAGCACCAGAAACAAAGAUGCCUUCUGGUGCAGGAAAUAUACAAAAACUGCCAUUGUGUGACAAAUGUGGAAAUGGCAUUGUUGGUACAGUGGUGAAGGCACGUGACAAGUACCGGCACCCAGAAUGCUUUGUGUGCUCUGACUGCAAUACCAACCUAAAACAAAAGGGCUACUUCUUUGUGGAGGGACAAUUAUACUGUGAAACUCAUGCGCGAGCCCGCAUGAGGCCACCAGAGGGAUAUGAAGCAGUUACCGUUUAUCCAAAGUGCUAGUCUAUGCUAACAGACACACAUGCAUGCACACAAAAAGACAUUAACAGCUUAGAGCCACAAUACAACUGACUGAACUUACUGCCUUAAUCCAAAGUAGCAGAUUUUAAACAUUUUCUUUUGGAGGUGGGAAUGAUGCAGAAGCCUCAUUAGCCAGCAAUAGCAUAUAUACCAGUAACAUUUUGCAAAGUAAUUAUCUUUGAAGCUGCCAGUGUAAUUUAAUGGAGUAUAAGGCAGCAACUCCUAUAACUCAAUCCCUCAAAGGGUCAGUCCACUAAAAAACGCAGGAAUUUUACACCUAUAUUAACAAACUGCAGUUAUCAAUGUCUGCUUCAGCCAUAAAAUCAUUCAACUAUCAUUAACCUAUGCCACAAAAACAAGCUUUGCUUUCCUUACUUUGAUAUUUGAGAGUCUUAUUUAUUUACACUUCCUGGUGCAACAAAUGUAAUAAAAGACAUAUUAAUUUUAUAUAAUAGAACAGCAAGCAUAGUGAAGCUUGCUUAUAGUAGAGUAGAAUGCUUGUCCCAUAUUAUUUCAGUGAACUACAGAGUGCAAACUACGAGAGUGUGUUUUCAUUUACUUUCCAAGAAAUUCUGAUGGAGACAUGCAAAUGCAAACACACACACACACACACACACACACA